AUGUGCAUGCGACAACAAGUCAGAAAGACUGCAGCAGUCCCGUGUCCAGUGGGCACGUGGGUGGCAGGCACCACCUCUCGGUACAACUCCACGUGUGUCGAGUGCGCCCCCAACUACUUCAAGGCCGACCCAGGGAAUGCACAGUGUGUGCUAUGCCCCACUGGCCAGUACAACGACGUCUACGGGUCUCCAAAGUGUGACUAUUGUAUCACAGAUUCUGUGGCUGACGCAACAACGAACCCCUCACGCGGCAAAUUCAACCUCACCAACACGUGCCCUUACGUCAUCGCACAACCCAACGACGCCAUCCUAUUGGGUCCUAUGUGGAACACGUCGUCGGGUGAGUCAUGGACUUAUGACGUGAUUUCGUUGCCUAGCAACCAGACGGAUGGCUACUUGUUUGACUACGAGGAGGGCGUGCCGUUUGUGUUCGACCCUUUAGACUCCAUCAAUCACAAACUGCUCUCGCGAGAGUACAGUGUCACCACGCCGUUCCGCUUUAUUAAGGAUGAGCCGGGGUAUCCCUCAUAUCCUCCGGAGGACUUCACUCCAGGCUUCUACAAGGACUAUCCGCCCCAGAAUAUAUUCGGCAACCCUGACCAGGAGUUCUUCCGCCCCUAUCGAUACGACGGGGGGGAGGUGUCGUUCAUAGUAGAUGUGUCAAUGCCUGAGCUCAACUACACACUCAACCCCCCCGAAGACGCGGCUGUGCUGACCACGUGGUACAUCACAGACAUCUGGAUGUUUGUGCAGCGGGACAGCGCCAACAUCACCGGCGUGGACCUCUACAACUACGACGACGAGCAGUGGUAUCCGGUAUUCCGGGGGUCUCUAGGCCCCAUGAAGGGAUCGUUUAUUGAUGACACCACCUACUACACUGUCGUCAACUUCUGCCGACGGGAUAUCAAAACAAACAGACUCAGGUUGACCUUUGACACCAAAUCGCAAACGAAAGAAUCGAUGGGCGUGAGUAUUGACUCAUUCACCGCCGCCUGUUACCUGGAGCAGCGCAAGAAACGAUAUUGGACCCUGACAGAUCCCGGGGCGCGUGCGUGGUUUGUGCCGCUGGGGAAUUACAGUCAGCAGCUGUUCUCCAAGGCACUGCAGUUGGCCAAGUACUCGUGCGAUGGCGAUGGGCCGUGGAAUGAGAGCAUUCAGCUGCAGGUCAACUCUGUCGUCCUCAAUGAGGAGGGCAGCAUCUCCACGCCCAUCCUGGCCACCAUGAUUGCGUUGGUGGUGGCGUGUGAGGUGGUGCUGGUGCUGACCUUCUGCGGUGUCAUGUACUAUCGCCAUGAGCAUGCGCGACUGAAGAAGGCCAGUCCCGUGUUCAUGAUGCUGAUGCUGGUGGGCGGCAUCAUCAGUUUGCCGGUGCCGUUGAUCUACUUGGCCACAGAGGGGUCGUGGGGCUGUUACACUGGCAUGUGCCUGUGGAACUGUGGGUUCGUCAUCACCUUCGGAGCGUUGUUUAUUAAGACGUACAGGAUACGCAUGAUCUUUGGCUCUGACAUUGCGAAGCUCAAGAACUCUGGUGCCAGUCUAGGGGACAACCAGCUGCUGCAACAUCUGGGCGGGAUGUUUGUAGUGUGCAGUGUAGGGCUGUCCAUCUACCUGGCCCUGUACCCCAUCUCACGGGACUCCCAGAUCCUCGCGGGCAUAGAGUGGCAGGUGUGUGAAGUAGGGCCCCUGCAGGCCAUUCUCGUGGGCAUCCAAUUGGCCAUCAUGGUGUUGGGUGCGAUGUUGGCGUAUCAAGUGCGAUCGGCGCCCUCAGACUUCUCAGAGAGCAAGAUGAUCGGCCUGUCCAUCUACAACUGGGUCUUCAUCACGAUCGUUGCCAUCGUUACCAUCCUUGCCACUGACAGUGGAGUGAAUGUGCAGUUGAUUAUCAUGACCAUGUACAUGGUGCUGGUGUACAUGGUGGUUAACUGUCUCAUGGUCGUGUUCAAGCUGUGGAAGGUCUUCCGUAGUGAGGUGCAGCGCCUUAGCAACCACAACACCUCAGCAGCCAAAGACGACUCCUAUAACACCCGGAACCACGAAGCCUCCGACCGAUCAGGCGGUGAUUCGAUAGCACAGCCCAGUCAGCGGCAACUGCUGCCCAUGUCGGGACCCAGUGGACAAGGCGACAGAGGCAGUGCGGGCAUUCUCCACGUCAAGGGUGUGAGUGAACCCAUCAACACCGACAAACAGUCCUCGUCAGGUAACUUCAACUCAGUGAUGUUCACAUCGUCAGGCGGUGGUCUGCUGUCGUACCCCACAGCCGCAUCAUCCAGCAGCAACGGCUCACUACAACGAUCCAAUUCCAACAACGCCACACCCAACAACACCACUGGCAACACUAACAGCGCAGCCACAAGAAAGAGGGAAUACAAGCGUGCAGCAGGGGUCAUUAAAGGGCCUGGGUCAGCGUCCAUCAACACGGCCGCGUGUGUGGACGAUAGGUGUAUAGUCGAGGCUGACGAUGUGGCCGAGGGGGCGUCAUCAGACCUAACUGAGGUGUAGUGGGGGGUGCGAUGGGGUGGAUGGAAAUAGUUAGUAACUGUAGUAUGGGAGACUUUAGGUGUACGGCAGUGAGUCCUGGGACUCUGAGAGUAUGUAAGUGGUGGGAAACGAUUAGUAGGUGGCGGGUGGGGGGUAGCGCAAGUAGGUGCACCUGGCAGGUAUGCGCACUGUGUGUGUGUCUGCAUUGGAUUUGCAAGUGUCGGGCGAACACUGUGUCCGUGUGAGUCAUGUGUUCGUAUAUGACUUCUCCGCAACGGUCUAAUGUAUAGCUCAGUGCACGGACACCUCUUGUGUGGUGCGGCAGGCAUGCAGCGUCACCAACCACUACGCGUGGGCACGAACACGCACGUAUGCACAUCGCCACUGUCUGUUCUGUAGGAGGACGAGAUAAAGAGACACGUAGACGAGAUGGCAUGCAUGGGCUCUAUGCGCAGAACUUACGAAUGCAACACUCAGCCAAGCUAAUGGAUGUGUGUAGCAAUGGAGUCAUCUACACGUGGACACCUUUGACUUCCCCCAGUGGCUCUGCGCUGGGGCGGGCGUGGUGGGGAGAGCCACAGACUAUAUCACAAGUGCAGGAAAAAAAAAGUACGCACACACGCGACCACUAAAGGCCACGCCAGCCCAUGUCAAGCGAUGGGCAGAAAACACCUUAACAAAAAAGCAGCAGUGCCACUGUUACAACCUUAUAUGGGGCCAUAGUGGGAUUAGCUGUAGCUGUAGCAUGGACAAUUAAACAGCAGCAUAGGCAAAGGCAUAGACAUAGGCAUAGGUCUAGUCAUAGUCAUAAGAAGUCGCCCUGCACAUCAGCAGAGUAAACUUGGGACAACACUAGUAAAAGGGAAUGAAUACCGCCCACUCGGCGCAGUAGAAAUGGCGGGAGCCCGCGCGAAUGCUGUAGCCUCAGACGUCUAGUUAGUUGCGCACAGGUGUCGUCUCACUAGAAGACAAUCAACCGUAGCAGGGGACGCUCGUGCACGGGUGGUGCCAGUCAUCACACGGAGUGGGCUGCAGUGUCUGAACUAGGUUUGCGUUCGGCCGUAUCACUAUUCACAGUAAUAGCCAGCAUCUCCCAGGGGGAGCAAUGUGGCAAAGUAGGUCGUCCAACAUUGGCGUACGGGCGUUCUCGCGUACGUAUGGGCUGAUGUACAGAGAGCGAAGUACACGUGCCGUUAAAACGCAUCAUUCGCAGAUGGACGCAAGAACAGCCAACACCAACACUACACUCGCAAGGAAGUGGUUGGUUAAUAGUCUUAACGUUGUAAUAUGGAGUGCGCAUCACAGCGAGCUGCUCCAAAUAGCUGGAUUCCUGAUUCGUGACACUCAGGUACUAUCAGGGCAUCCUAAUUAGAAAACAUAUGUAUGUGAUAUCACAUUAAUAAAUUUCACGUAUAAAUCUCA